UAUAAUCUGUCUCAGGAUCAGGGUGUACGGUGCAGCGCUCAUGAGCAAGGUGUUUCUUUGGACGCGUUUCUUUGACUUUGUGGAUCUAUUUUGCUAGAAUAAUUAUCAUGUUCACAGGUUGAUGUAAAAUAUUGUCAUUUUUCUCAUCGAAUUUGGAAAUAGGUAAAGAAGAGAACAGAAAUGGAUCAAAUCGAAUCAAAUUUACGAAGACAUGUCGAGGCCGGAUUGAACGAAGUGCCCGCAGUUUGGUCAGUUGUGCUGUACACUUUGUUCGGGUCAGUUCUGGGCUUCCAGUGCUACAAUCAAGCCCUCAACUAUGUGCCCGCGCCUGAUAAAUAUUCUGGUGGAAAUCGGUUUAAAUGGCGGAAUGUUAUGGCUUCUUUUCUCCAUGCUUUCCUCACAGGGACUGGAUCACUGUAUUGUUUAUACACAUCUCCGUUCAUCUUAGAUGACCUAAUACACAACUUUACUCCAUUCAGUGAGAUUCUAGUUUCCCUUUCUACAGGUUAUUUCGUGUAUGAUUUUCUAGACAUGCUUGCAUAUAAGAAAAUCUCCAGUUCGUGGCCUUUACUACUUCAUCAUAUUGUUAUAUUCACAUGUUUUGGGGUAGCCUUGUACUACCAGCACUACAUAGGCUAUGCCGUAGUGGCGCUCAUGGCAGAAGUCAACAGUAUAUUCCUUCAUUUACGGCAGCUCUUACUCAUGAACAGCUAUCCCAAGUCGUCGACGACCUACAUAGUCAACAGCAUUGUCAACGUGAUAACGUAUAUCAUGUUCCGUUUCGGUGUGCUGAUCUGGAUGGCUUGGUGGUUGUCCCAGCACACGCAGGACUUACCAAUCACGAUGAGCCUUCUGGCUGGCUGUGGACUAACGAUCAUGAUCACUGUAAACUUUGUGCUUUUCCUAAGACUCCUUGUCAGUGACUUCUUUUCAAAUAGUGGUUACAAGGAUGUCUUAGACAAAUAAGCUUCCCUUUCUCCGCGUUAUCCAUCUCAACAAUUCUUUUUUAUAUGAUGAAUAUACACACCAUCCUGGUCAAAACUGAUAUUCAUAUUCAGUUGUCAUAUUAUUUUUAUGAGAAACUUAUUAUGCAUUCAUCAAGUCGCAUAUGAGAAGGUGUGGUAUGUGUUGGGCAAUUGCAUGCACAUAUUAAUUAUUUUUAAUUAGAACUACUCACAUAGAGUGCAAAUUUGUGAUGUCAUCAUCCUUUAUUUUUAUAUGGAAAUGUGUUUAAUGAUCCUAUUUGGUACAUGUAGCACAUGAUGCAAAGCCUCUCUCUCACCAAAUUUGGCAUGGUUCUUGUUGGCUCAAGGUAGUCACAAUACGUGAUUAGCCCCAUUGAGGCCAAUCUAAAUUGGCCUGGUUGAUGACAGUUUGAUGUCAAUAGGGUUACAUGUUUGACCAUCAUUGAUAGAUUCCCACCCAAUUUUGGGCUGUAGAAGUUUGUCUUUUUAUCAUGCUCAACAUGGUAUCCAAAUGCUGAAAUGAAAUGUGAUGUCAUUACUUCAGUACUCUAUUGUGAAUGGGAAAGUGAGUGCCUGUCAGAGAAAUUGGGUAUGUCUGUCCAUGGACCUUCUGCUUGUAG